CUGCAUUUAAACCAUAUAUUGAAUAUUAAAUCCAUUGGCGUCAACUGCAACUGAAAUGCCCAAGUUGCGAGUUUAUAACUCCGGAAUAAUUGUGAGCUGUGACUUUCUUUCAAUCUAAAGAGAGAAAACAAUCUGAAUUUAGAGAGAGACGGAGGAGGGGGAGGUGGGGGACCAAAUGAUUCCUGUGGGCGGUCCAUCUUGUUAAAACCCUAAAUUCUGGUAACGAAACACUGUUGAAGAUUCGAGUGAAGAUCGAUAAUGGCGGAGAUGAGAAACGAAGCUAGUAGUAGCAACAGCAGUGGAAACAGCAGAGGCGAAAGCGUCGUAAUUGAUGUUGGCCGGCGAAGAAGCUCGUGUGGUUAUUGUAAAUCCGGUGGCCGUACCAGUAUAUCUCACGGUUUAUGGGCAGACAGUCUGACAGUAGAUGACUAUCAAGCUCUUCUUGACAGAGGUUGGAGAAGAUCUGGUUCUUUCCUUUACAAACCUGAGAUGGAAAGAACAUGCUGCCCUUCUUAUACUAUUCGUCUGAAGGCCAGUGAUUUCAUUCCUUCCAAAGAGCAACUUCGAGUGGCUAAACGAAUGCAAAGGUUUCUAGAUGGCACAUUGGAUGCUAAAAAACAAGAUGAGAUCACAUCCGAGGCAGGUAAUUUUAAGGGUUCAUGCAGCCACUCCGUUAAUGAAAUUAAAAGCUCUGCGGCGGGGGAAGCCUUGGUGUGUAACGCUGAAGAAAAGAAGAAAGCUGAACAAUUUAUGCAUUAUUUGUCAAACCAGAUCAAUAAUGCAGUACGUGCAUGCAUUGGAAAUGGGGAGUUCCCUUGUGAUAUUCAAUUACCAAAAGCAUCUGUCAAAAGAGUUUCACAAGCCAAGAGGAAGCGGCUAGUUGAAGGAUCAGAAGUUCUCUUGUACUCCAGCAAUGUUUCAUUCCAGAUUGCCGCUGUUUUAAGGCAGGUUGAGAAGGAUGUGCACCAUCCAGAACUGUCAAGACGUAUUGUGGGAGAAAAUGAUGAGUCUCUUGAACUGACCCCGAAAAUGAUUGCGGAAAAACUGGCAUAUUCUUUAAAUCAGCUGGCAGAAACCUCUGAUUUGUCAAUCAAAGCUUGCAAUGGACACAUUAACUUCUAUUCUGCGAUAAAACAAGCUUGUUUAGAUGAAGAGGUUAACAAAUUUACAGUUUCUAAAGAGUCUCCCACAGGAAAUGGAAGUAAAAGGAGUUGCUUGAAGAUAUGCGAACGUCCUCAGGUAAAGAGACAAAAGAUUGAGAUCCUUUUGAAGAGGUCCAGUUUUGAUCCAGAAGAAUAUGCGUUGUAUAGGAGAUACCAGCUUAAAGUGCACAAUGAUACACCAGAUCAUGUUACAGAAAGCUCAUACAGGAGGUUUCUGGUUGAUACUCCCUUAGUUUUUGUUCCUUCAACUGGCGAUGGUACAGUUCCCCCAUGUGGUUUUGGUUCUUUCCAUCAGCAAUAUGUGAUCGAUGGCCGGCUAGUCGCAGUUGGUGUGAUAGAUAUUCUCCCAAAUUGUUUGUCGAGUAAAUAUCUAUUCUGGGAUCCAGACCUUGCUUUUUUGUCUCUAGGAAAGUAUUCGGCCAUACAAGAAGUAGAGUGGGUCAAAGAGAACCAAGUCCAUUGUCCUAGCCUCCAGUAUUAUUAUCUUGGCUAUUACAUUCAUUCCUGCAGCAAAAUGAGAUAUAAAGCAGCAUAUCGCCCAUCUGAGCUUCUAUGUCCUCUUCGUUACCAGUGGAUUCCAUUUGAUAUCGCAAGGCCGUUGCUUGAUAGAAAACCAUAUGUUGUGUUGUCUGAUUCCUCACAAAAUGUAGAUUCCUCAGCACCUGACAUUCUUGGAGAACAUACGGACCAGCAUGAUGACCCUGGCAUAGAAGACUCAAAUGAUGUUUUUAUUGAUGAAAACGAAGAAAUGGCUGAUACUGAUUCUGAAGAUUCUGACGAUGAGUCAGGCCUAGAAACCAAUGGUCUGACAUCACCGGAAAUAGAAGGUGGAGAUGUCAGCAAUAUUUUGAUUGGGUUGAAAGGAUCCCGUCUGAGAUAUAAGGGUCUACAGAUUGCUAUUGGUCCUCCUCAAAGGACCUACCUUGAAACCCAACUGCAUAGAUACAUGAGGACUGUUGGUGUAGAGCUCUCUGAGCGAAUGGUUUAUUCACUGGGGUGAUUCAACAACUAUUUACAAGAUUUUUCGGAUCUCAACUACAAAUAAGUAUUCCUGCCUGAUUCAUGGCUAGCGAUCUACAGAGCUGUUAUGGAGUUAUUAUUUCUUGCGUAUGUUUUUCCUUUUUAUUGUUUGAUCCGUGAUCGAAUACAGAAGUAAAGGCUCAUCUUGUGGAUUGUAUGAAUACCGGUCACCCUAUAAUGUACUUUCUUUGCCUGCCGAUUGAAAUGGUUCACCAAAUUUGGUGUAAGUUAAUAUUUUGGACACAAA